GAUAAGAACUCUGCAGGUGGAACCAGAUUGCACUGUUUGUCAUCCUGUCAUUAGAUUUCCUGUCACCCGUCAAGUUGGGGUGUAGUUCUCCUUCCAGAUGAUGGCAGAUCUGACAUCUGUUCCACCCACUAGAGUGUGAGCUGCUCUAACGGGACUUUGAAGAGUCAUGCUUGCUCUAGAUCAGCCACUAAGGAACUGUGAAUAUGACUCACCAGCAAUGUCUAAAACAGGAUAUUGUGACUGAGACUGCGGAACUAACUUUAUUAUGGCAAGGUGGCUGCUCAGAAGAAAAUGUUUUCUGUGUAAAUAAUUUUGUGACCAAGUUUUUUUUAAUUGAGGAGCUCAUUCAGUGGGAUAAAAUGGAGAAUAAUGUCAACUUUACAAGACUCUUAUCAGAAAGCGGUUGUUCCACCUUGUCGUCAGACUCCUGCGAGUAUUAUCAUACAGAGAUAUUCGACCAGCUGCCUAGCAUCCAGUUUUUCUGGCCUGAGCAGAGCAGACAGGAUGCUUCAGAGGUUGAUGAGGAGCUUGGACACUUGUCCAGAGGACCGAGAGACAAAAUUUCUACACAGCCACUCAGGAGUCUUACCAUGUGCAUUCAAGGAAAAAGACAUGCCAGGAACAGAAAGAAGAUGCAAACCAGCAACAUUGGCUUCUUGGAGUCGUGGAGGCAGAGCCAGAGUACCAACACCAAGAGGGUGUGGUCUAAGUUGGGAGGAGCUAUUUCAGGACUGUUACCAUGGCAGCACACACUACAUGUCAUUGAAGGCCGGUUUGGUGUGGGCGUGAAUGCCUAUUUUGUAUUCCUUCGAUAUCUGGUAUACUUGAAUCUAAUCCACUGUGCUCUAAUAUGGGCUUUUAUUCUGGGGCCUACAACAUUUUAUGGUAGAGGCAACAAAACUGAGCCACUGAAGUUUGGAGGCAAUGACUCAGUUCUGGAUUUCUUUCUGGGAUCGGGCUACCUGGAUCGUUCUCCAGUGUUUUAUGGUUUCUAUACACGUGGUUCACUCAAUUAUCCUUGCUUGAAUACCCCAAUGCUGUACUUCAGUGGAAUACUGGCUAUCCUCCUCCUCAGUGUCAUCAUAGAGAUCCGUAGAACAACAGUUGGCUACAAGCACACGUGGAUGCUGGGAAAGCGUUCCAGGAUGAAUGUGAGCUAUAAGAUCUUUUGUGGCUGGGAUUUCACCAUCCAAGAUGCUGAUGCAGCCACGCUCAAACGCAGCUUCCUGAGGAAUGAUCUCAAGCUAUACUUGGAGGAGCAGCGUUUUUCCCAGUAUGAAGCACGGAGGACAAUGUGGCAGUGGGUGCGUCUCCACCUGCUCCGGAUCACUUUCAACCUGCUCGUUUUGUCUCUGCUGGGUGGAGCGUUUUACCUCAUCUACUUUGCUACCGAAAAAUCACAGUCUAUCAGAAAGAUAAGCAAUCACUACUGGUUGGUUAUUCUGCUCCUCCAGUACCUCCCACCGAUCACCAUCACCUUUGUCAACCUUUUCCUCCCUCACAUCUUCCGAAAGAUUUCGAGUUUUGAAGACUACUCUUUCACCAUGCAGGUCAAUAUCACACUGGUGAGGAGCAUCUUUUUGAAGCUCGCCUCGCUGGGGAUCUACUUAUUUUUUGUCUUCACAACAACACAUGAGCAAUGCACGGAGAAUCAAUUUGGAAGCGAGUUGUACAAGCUCUGUAUCUUUAACUUCCUUGCCACUGUCUGCAAUGCCUUCCUCGUGAACUACCCCAGGAAGCUGGUGCAGGAGAAGUUCCGCUCAUCAUUACUAGCCAGGUUAUUAGGGAAGCAACACUUCUUGGUUCCCUUCAAUGUGCUGGAUCUGGUCUACGGUCAAACGGUGUCCUGGGUGGGUGUCUACUUCUGCCCGCUGCUGCCCCUGAUAGGAACUAUCACGCUGACAGCUACGUUCUACAUCAAGAAGUUCACAGUCUUGCGGUGCUGUGUGGCAGAACAGAGGCUGUUUCGAGCCUCCAACUCCUCCGUUUUAUUCCACUUCAUGUUGCUGCUAGGCCUUGUCAUGGCUGCCACCACCCUGGGCUUCACCCUCUUGCAGCAACAAACCCCACUGGACGCUGAAAUAUUCUUUCAAUAUUCCCCCUGUGGCCCAUUUGGGAAUGGACAAAGUGUGUUGAAUGUGACGGGAGUGUGUGUGGAAAGUCUUCCAAGCCUGGCAAAAACCAUUAUCCGCUACAUGACGUCCAAGGCCUUUGCACUGCCACUCAUACUUGCUGAGAUUAUUAUCUUAACCUCCUAUGUGUCACGAGGACGAGCCAAUCAAAAGACUAUUGAGAGAUUGAAAGAUAUGCUGGUUAUGAGCAGUUCAGAUAAGCGUUUCCUGGUGAAAAAGCAUGCUACAAUGCUCCGACAUAAAAACAUCUCCUCUGUGCAUGCUAGAAGAAUGCCCUCUCAAUCCACAUGACAGGACCAUUAGCCUUUCCUCCCACUGAAGCUAAAACAUUUCACUUACCCACACCGCAUUUGAGUAUUACAUAAUACUCUCGAUGUGUUCCUGAUCAAUUGAAUGUAAAAACAAAUGUAAUGCCCUUUUUUAUUGCAUGGUUCUCCUGUAUUAAUUGUAAUUAUACCACCGUAAUUUCUUGUGUAUAAUGCGCACCCCCAAAGUUAACCUCAAAAUUCUGGAAAACCUUCCAACCUAUGUAUCUUGCAUUUUUACAAUGCAUGAUUUCGCUUCUACCCAUAUGAUCAAAACAUGAAGUAUUAUCUGUAUUUUGUUAGUUUUUUUCAAAGAAUUAUUCUGAAGUUAGGCACUUUAUUAGAACACAUAAUACUUUAUAAUACUUUUAUUUACUUGCUCUUAUUUUGAAAUUCACAGCCCUACUUUUAUUUAGUAAAUGAGAAAAUGAGUUGUGCUUAUAUGUUUGAUUACCCAGGCAGAAUUUGUAAGAUGUGUACAAUUCUUUUAAGAAAACAUGAAGGACCAGACGAAACACAUUGAAUUUUAUUUUAAUGGGAUUCAAAUUAAACUGUCAAGCAUUUCAGAAAAGCAUUAUCAUUUAACAAAACAUAACCAUUAAGAAAUGAUGGUUGUUGUUCAGUUAUCUGUCGUAUUUAAAAAAAUAAAAACAAUGUUUCACAAAUUCUGCCUGGGUAUGUAAACUUAUGAGCACAAUUGUACAUAUAUGGAGUCAUAUGUACCCCUGUCAUAUUGGAAUGAAAGUGUAGGCUACACCUUUUUCAUAACCUCUAGGUGGCAUACUAGAAUGAAAGUGUACAACUGUUUCAUAACCUCUAGGGGGCGGUGGCAUCGUGGAAUGAAAGUGUCCAGCUUUUUCAUAACCUCUAGAUGGCGACAUACAUUUAUAAAAUGUGAAAGUCUUUUUCAUUCUCUCCUAUAUCUAUAUGUAUAAUGCACACUAUUGACUUGGGACAAUUUUUGGGGGGGUAAAAAAUGCGCAUUAUAAAAAUUACGGUAAUUUAUUUUUACGUUUUGUUAACGAGAGAACAUUUCAUAUGCUUGUGUAUGUUUUUGUAUCCCUUGUUAAUAUUCAAAGUACUGAGCGUUAAAGCCAUCUGUGAAGUCAAAGAUGACGUCUAAAUUGUUAUCUUUUUCUAACAUGUGUGUAACAGCAGGAGAAUUCACGCAUGUACACGUAGACAGAAAACACGUAGUGGUACAUUUGAAGCUGUGUUAUGAGGAAUUUACACACACUUUUUUUGUUGCCACUUCUGGGUGAGUGAGAGAAACAAUAUAUUGAUUUUUUUUAAAUGAAAUUUACUAUGAAAUUAUUUUGCUGUAUACUGUUUUAGUUCACAUUCCCAAAAAUCAAUGCAAUUUUUUAAUGAAUAAACAAAGUUUGAUACUAAAUAAUUA